AUGGAUGGAGAGAACACUACUCAAUCGCGAGCGUCGACUCGGUCGCGCAUCCCUCAAGCCGGUGGUUUGGGCUUGCGCGACAUGAAUUCUGCCACUGUCAACUCUCGUUCGGGUAUCAUGCCACCCGGAACACUGGUUAAUAAGGCCCUUUCACCCACCCGAUCUAGGACCAUCCCCUCCCCCUCCCCAGAACCUAAGAAACAGCCUUCAGUUGUCCGCCCAUCUUCUACCACGUCCAAGGCGCAUGCGCGAGGAAACUCGUUCGCAUCGUCUACCAUGUCUCGAUCAGGCUCCACAACCACUCGCGGAACAACCCCCAACUUCUCGGCUACAGUUGGCUAUGGUGCGCGCGGAGCAUCUGCCAUGCCUCGCCCUGCGACCUCCUACGGCGGCCGAAGGCUCAACAGCUCUAUCCAGCGCCCGGCGACCUCCCUCGAUACCCACAUCGAUGAUAGUGCCGGAAGUGUUCUUGGAAAACGAAAGGGUAUGCCAUCUGUUCUUUCUCCUUCGUCUAUUUUGCGUUCUUUUUCUGGCCCCCUUGGAUCUCUCGACGGACUUGAUGGAAGUCAUUCAUACUAUGGUGUGCCUCAACUUGUCUCGGCACCUGGUUUUACAUCACUUUCCGAGGGCUUCCUCGAGCAACCUGUUUCUCGCUCAAUUGUCACUACUGCCCGUGUUACGAAUAUCAGGGGUUUCCCAGGACUCAGCCCGGCAAAGCAGGCUUAUCCAUCCAGGGUUCCAAUUAUCACCCCAUCUAAGCCCUGCGAGACGCCACUUACCAGCCCUGGGAGAUCACCAAAAAAGCCAAGGCCACACUUGUUUCUUAGCAAAAAUUCUUUGUUGACAAAUUUUGACCAUGUUUCAGAUACAGAUUGGGACCAAGAUUCCCGUGAGAAGAGCAUGAACGACAUGAUGGCACAAGUCAUGUCGCGUCUGAAUCAGCAAGGGCAUGAAGCUUCUGGUUUGAAAGAUACCGUUGAACUUUACAAGUCCCGAAUUGGCGAGCUCGAACGUUCUCGUGAUAAACAAGCAGAUGUUAACGUUGAAUUGCGUGUUGAGAUGGAAUCACUAAAAAAUCAGCUAGCGCUGGCGGAAAAAGCCUUGAACGAUGCGCGCCGGGACCAAGAUAUUGCGAUGGAUGAUCUGGAAGGUCGGCACCGUAUCGAGAUCGAAUCGUUGAGUCAGGACAAUAAGAAGCAGCAAGAUACUUUGGUAGCCCGACACCAGGAGGAGAUCAGAGACCUGAAGCGCAAAUUUGAGGGCGAAAUCGAGGAUGAGAAAGCCAAACGCGUCCGAGACCUCGGUAACCUUACCACCCAAUCUGCGAUGGACGUUCAGAAGUCUCAGAUUGAACUCAAUAAUAAGGAGCGUGAAAUCAGUACACUGCGGAGCGAGCUUAAUGCUAUGAAAGCUGAUAUCGAUCGUGAACGCAAGACAGUCUACGACCUUCGACAAAACCUUGACAUUGCCAGCAGCAAUGGCGUCACAUUGGAAUCGACUAUUAGAGCCCUCAAAGCCCGCAUUGAGUUUCUUGAAGGUGGACGCGAAGAGCAGUCUCAAGCAUUUGAGCGCUGCAAUCAGGAUAUGAUGGAUGCACUGGCUGAAACUGACGCGAUCAAAGAAAAGCUGCGUAGGGAAGAGACACUACGUCGUAAGCUUCAUAACCAGGUACAGGAACUCAAGGGCAACAUUCGUGUUUUCUGUCGUGUUCGGCCUUCCCUCAACAACGAACCUGCUAGCAUGAUUGCGCCAAUGCAAUACCCUGAUGAAUUUGAGGAUGCAAAGGAGAUCAAUGUCUUGGGACCUGAGGAGAAGAGCAGUCUUGGUACCAUCUCACGCAAGAACAACACUUUUUCCUUCGAUCGCGUGUUCGGUCCCUCCACCCAGAACGCCGAAGUAUUCGACGAAAUCAGCCAACUGGUGCAGAGUGCCCUGGAUGGUUACAAUGUUUGCAUCUUCUGCUACGGUCAGACCGGCAGUGGUAAAACCCACACCAUGUCUUCACGAGACGGCAUGAUCCCUCGCGCUGUCCAUCAGAUCUAUGAAACUGCGCAGGGGCUGGAGGAGAAGGGCUGGCGGUACAAAAUGGAAGGCAACUUUGUCGAGGUUUACAAUGAGAAUCUCAACGAUCUACUCGGAAACCCGGAUGAGUUGGAUAAGAAAAAGCAUGAUAUCCGCCACGAUAUGCAGCGUGGCAAAACCAUCAUAACCGAUAUCACUACUGUUCAGCUGGACUCGCCUGAAAUGGUCGAGACUAUCCUCCGGAAUGCAGAUGCCAACCGCUCAGUGGCUGCCACCAAAGCCAAUGAGCGGUCAUCUCGAUCUCAUUCAGUCUUCAUUCUCAAACUGACUGGUGAGAACCACAUCACUGGAGAGCGUAGCGAAGGCACUCUCAACCUAGUUGAUCUAGCUGGAAGCGAACGCUUGAGCCAUAGUGGGGCCACUGGUGAACGCCUAAAGGAGACUCAAAACAUCAACCGCAGUCUCAGCUCUCUUGGUGAUGUGAUUGCUGCUCUUGGCCAAGGCAAGGACGGUGGUCACAUACCCUACCGCAACAGCAAGCUUACUUAUCUCCUUCAAUUCUCAUUGGGUGGAAACUCCAAGACGCUCAUGUUUGUCAUGGCUAGUCCCUUGCAGGCGCAUUUGUCAGAGACCUUGACAAGCUUGAAGUUUGCCACCAAAGUACACAACACUCACAUCGGCACCGCGAAGCGCCAAGCGCGUGUCCGCGAUUGA